ACGGAAAAACGGAGCCUGAAGAGACGGACUGGGAGGAAGGGGAUGAAGCAGGAACUGUAGGUAUCACAGUGUCGCUUUCAUUUCACUGGUUCGAGCCCGAUGCAUGGCCUACCGGGAUAGAGGACAAGUAAGUCACCUAGCCUAUUAAGUAGGCGUUGUUAAGUGAGAUACUGAGGCAUCACCUUUUCACCGAGGCGGUUCAGUUUGGAUACACUCCGAGGUGGCACUGAUCCCCUUUUCUUCACAUGGGAAAGUAGACAUUUUAUAGAGCACCAAGUUGGAAGUCAUCUCCAGUGGAAAGGAUUGGACGCCACUUCUCGUCGUUUUUUCCUAAAUCUCCAUCAUGAACUACCUGCGUCGACGACUUUCGGACAGCAAUUUCAUGUCCAACCUGCCCAAUGGGUACAUGACUGAUCUCCAACGCCCCGACCCGCCGCAGCAAAGCCCCGCAGUGUCGCCGGGGCCGUCGGAGAGGCGCCAGCCCCCCAGCCAGCAGCAGUCUGGAGGUGCGGGGUCUGGCUUCUUCUCAUCCAUAUCCAAUGCCGUGAAGCAGACCACGGCGGCUGCGGCUGCGACAUUAUCCGAGGCAGCAGACAGGGCAGGAGUUUCCAGCAGUGCCAAGAUACUCCUGGUUAUCGAUGACCAGCAGACUGACUGGGUGAAAAUCUUCAGAGGAAGAAAGGUCCAUGGUGAAUUUGACAUCAAGGUAGAACAGGCAGACUUCUCUGAAAUCAACCUGGUGGCCCAUGCUACAGGCACUUAUACUGUGAACAUUGAUGCAAUCAGAAAUGGGCAUAAGGUUACUAAAUCCUUUAAGCCAGACUUUGUACUGAUAAGAGAGCAUGCCUUCAGCAUGGACAAGAAUGGAGACCAUCGGAACCUAGUGAUUGGACUGCAGUAUGCUGGGCUGCCAAGUGUGAACUCUUUACACUCUGUUUACAAUUUCUGUGACAAACCAUGGGUGUUUGCUCAGAUGUCCAGACUGUACAAGCAACUGGGCCCAGAGGAGUUCCCACUGAUUGAGCAGGUUUACUAUCCCAACCACAAGGAAAUGAUUACGUCCCCUGGCUUCCCUGUAGUGGUGAAGAUGGGCCAUGCUCAUUCGGGAAUGGGAAAGGUGAAAGUGGACAAUCAGUAUGACUUUCAAGAUAUUGCCAGUGUUGUUGCUCUGACCAAGACUUAUGCCACAUCUGAACCCUUCAUUGAUGCAAAGUAUGAUGUCCGCAUCCAGAAAAUUGGCAGCAAUUACAAGGCUUACAUGAGAACAUCAAUUUCUGGCAACUGGAAAACCAACACUGGUUCUUCUAUGCUAGAGCAGGUGGCCAUGUCAGACAAGUACCGAAAGUGGGUGGACUGUUGUGCGGAUGUUUUUGGAGGGUUGGAUAUAUGUGCUGUGGAGGCUCUUCAUGGUAAAGAUGGAAAGGACUACAUUAUAGAGGUAGAUGACUGCUCGAUGCCACUGAUUGGGGACCAACAGGAUGAAGAUCGCAUUCAGAUCGCAGAGCUGGUGGUUUCUAGGAUGAACCAGACUCUACAACGCACUUCUUCCUCUUCCCCAGUCCGUGCCACAGCAGCACAGCCAGCACAGAAAGCAGCGUCUCCUCAGCCCACCUCUCAGCCCAGAGUACCACAGGCUCAGCAGCGCCCUCCACCCCAGGGUGGUCCUCAGCAAGGUCCCCCCUCUCAGCCGCGCCCCCAACCUCAAGGUCAACCUCCUGCACAGGCCCAGCAACCUGCUGCCAGCCCCGGCAGUGACUCUGGUGGCUCGGCCAAAGCUAGCCAAGGGCCUGGAGCCCAGCAACGACCACCAGGUCAGGGAGCCACACAAGGCCAGAGACCUCCCUCUGGUCAGGGUUCUCCUCAGCGAAGCCAGGGAGGCUCUCCUCAAGUCCAGAGGCAACAGUCUGGUUCCCAGCAGCAGCAGCAGAAACCACCUCCAGGAGGCCCAGGCCAGAAACCAGCAGGGGGCCAACCCCAGCGACCCCCACAGCAGAGGCCCGCCCAGCCCCCCAGGCAGCAAUCACAGGGAGGGCCCCAGGGUCCCCAGCAGCAGAGACCUCCUGGCCAACCAAGCCGUCCAGGAGCACCCACCACCCAACAGCCCCGACCUGCUGCCCAAGGCCAGGGAGGCCCAGGAGGACGACCCCCACUGCAGCAGAAGCCUCAGCCCCCACAGAAGCCCAGUCAGGACAGUCCGGCUAUGGGCGGCUCUCCACAACUAAACAAAUCCCAGUCUCUUACCAAUACCUUCAACAUUCCAGAAACCCCAACACCACGGGCCAGCCUUAGCCAGGAUGAGGUGAGGGCUGAAACCAUACGUAAUCUACGCAAAUCUUUUGCCAGUCUCUUCUCAGACUGAGAUGGCGUAAGCCCCCUUCCUACUGACAGAAAGAUGGACAGGCAGACUGAAAGACAGAUUCCUUCUCCCCCACAACGAACAAGGACCAACAGGACGCCACCUCCUUAUCAUGGACAUUGACCCUGAAAAGAAUAUGUACACACUAAACAUCCACUGCCUAAAUAGUUGAAAUAUUUUAAAAUGAAAAAGGAUUUAAUAAAUAAACACAGGCACUAAAGGUCUGAAACAUUCCUUGCCUUGCUACAAGCUCAAGUAACUCAUCUAAUCAUCGAGUCAUGCACCUUGUGUGAGCACGCAAGCUCGCAUUUUCCCAUUCACACACCAUACACACAUAUGCACAAGCAUGUAUAUGCAUGCACUCACACACGGUCCACAAAAAUAACACAUAAAACAAGAAAGUAGUGUUCCCACUUGUUUGUUAGUGCUGUGACAUGAUUGUGAUUUUUCUGUUUAAAUUUUGGUUGGUCCUUAAAUGAAUCAUUAUGGAACAAUCAAUCAUCUCAGCACAGCUGCAUAUGUAGGAUCUCCAGUGUUAGCCAAUGCUAGAUCUGUCUGAGCUGUCCACUGCUCAUGGUGAUGUUUUAACUGCAUGUCAACAGAAGGCGAUGGUUGUUAUUUCCUACCCCUGACAUUGGCGCUUGUAACUGUGUUGUCACAUGUAGUUGAAGUAGUUAGUAUAGUAACCUAAUAGGUGUUGUGAGAAUGUUGUUGCUGCCACUUUCUCCCUUUUUUCUGUUACACAAGAAGAAAAGCCCGAACACUCUCCACCUUGAAAGCAUGCCUAACACAGACAGGAGUUCAGUCAGAUCAAAUGGAGUUGUCUCAGGGAUGUCCAAUUGAUUGUGACACUCGUGUCAGGGAGAGGGUCUUCCAUUGUUAUUUUUUUGUGGUCGCUGAUGAUGCUCUAACCAAUAAUGAAGGAAAAGCAUGUUUUUAAUGAAGCAGAAUGUAUUUAUUAUUUGAGACGCAUUUGCACACAGAGUCUAACAAAAUAAUACUUGAAUAUAGUGACACCGACUGAGGUUUCGAGGCUAUAUAUUUUCAGGUUUAGUCAUCUGCCUGUUGACAACAACUCAGUGUUGCUGCUCUUGUGUGGUACUGUGUCUGUGAUGGAUUCAGGACAACAGGAUACAGGGUCAGGGCUGGCAAGUCAUGACAAAUGAGAUAACAACAAUUUUAGAGUUUGAAUCUAGUUUGAAGUUAGUUUGGAUUAUGCAACAACAUGCUUGAAUGGGAAAAACGCAUUGCCGACGUCUUCUGAUUUGGUGUGUAUUUAUUUCAUAUUGUAGUGAUUUCAAAGGCAAUGCAUGCAAAAGCAUCUGUGAGUAAUCAAACUGCAUUGCUGUAGUUAAUGAUAGUACAAUGUAGUAAAUCUAGUUAUGCUGAUUACUGUUCCCUGUCAGGUAAUCAGUACAUUGUAGUUUUUCAUUCAAGCAACUCCAUUUGAAACUGAACCCAACCCUGAGUCUGUAUCAUACGGUGCAGCAGAGAGUGUCUGGUUCCAUAUCUAGUUCUCAGUUUUCAGCAGGUUUGCAGCCUGUGAGCAGAGAGGGUACUCCAAAGCAUACUCAGCCAAGGAAUGUUACACUAUUCAUCUAUACAAUAAAGGCAGAAAAAAUGUCAAGGCACAGCAAUGUCAACUGUGGGAUGCACCUCUGCAGUAGAUUUAGCACUUGUGACACCCCACCACCACCACCACCAUCUCUUCAAAGCACUGACUACCCUUUGAUCAUUGUUCAGAAAAAUCUUGGCUAUUACUAAAAUGUCUGUCUGAGAAGUUUAAGUUUCUAGGCGCUGAAAAAGUCUUCCGGAAAGAGUGCUUUCCAUCCCAUUGUGGAUCUAGUAUGGCAAUACCACGCUUUGUAGAGAAGACUCAAUAGCCAAAAGUUUGUUGAGGAGCCCCACUUCCCCUGCAGAUUCUCCAUGCUGCCUGUGUAUAUCAGUCUAUUUGUGUACCCACAGUGACCCCUUGUGAUAAGUGGUGCAUAAAUGUGUGAAUGUUGUUCUGUAACUGGUCAAGCCAAAUAGAUGUAUUGUACAGAGCUCUGAGUGAUGCAGAUUGUCACCUUUAUUCCCUGCUGCUAUCUGUGCUUGUCAAUAUUAUGUGUCCUCAAGCAUUAUUUCUGUAUUUUGAUUUAUUCAUCUUUUUUUACCUUUUAUUUUUUUGGUGAUCUGUUCUUUUUUUAUAUAUAUAUAUAUAAAUCAAGACUAUCUGAAGGCUUGUGGGUUUAUGCAUUAGCUUUUGUUUCAGGGCAUCAAUGUAAAACUUUUUACAGUGACAGUGUCAGUACAUGAUUGUCAGAUUUACGUGGCAUAGCCUACUGCCAAAGGACUCAAUGAGAGGCGCCUCAUGCUUGUUACACUAAAUGUGUAAUUUGUUAAAUUGAGUCAUCUCAAUUAGCAUGGAUGGUUUAUCUCUAAAAAGUGUCACUCUAUUAGUUGGAGGUCCCUUGGCUAUGUUAAAAAAAAAAAAAAAAAAAAAAGUACCAUUUGCCAUGACAUCUCCUGACUGAGCUGUAAUGGCAAUUUAUUUUUUAAAAAGUUAUUUUUUAAUUUAGGUUAUCCCCAUUUUUGAUAUUCGCAGAUAUUUUUCUUUUUAAAGGUUUUCAUUAUUUCUAGUGGAUAUAUUUGACUGUGAAUGUAUACAGUUUGUUUUCUUUGUUAAAGCUAGUUUCACUGUUUUUUAAAUGCAUAGUAUAAUCAUUUUGAAAAGAUUAUAUCCCUUAUGAAUUUGAGUGAAUUGAUUGUCAGUUGAUGCCUGCCAGAUGUAAAGACAUAAAUGAUAAAAAGUAAAUGCAAGACACAAAAAGCUGAGAUUUUUGUUAUUAAAAAUAAGAUAUUGCAUAAUGUAAAUCAUGGUGGAGUAUUGAAUUAAAUGUAAAAAUAAUAAUGAUAAUAACAAAGAAGAACUAUUUAAUGUUAUAUGCAAUGUAGCUCUAUUAUGUGAGAAUAAAUGUUAUCAAAACACACACAUGUUCAAUAAAGUCUAUGACCAACAACAA